AUGAAAGAGAUUGUAGGUCCGGUGAUGCGGUGUCCGAAGGGGUUUACCUUGGAGUUGAAUCCGACGUCUAGUUUCGAUCUGCACGAGACUACGAAGGUGGUGUCAGACCGUAAGGUGGGCAGGCCUUUGUCGGGCCCGACGAACAACACCUUUUGGGAGAACCGUACGCCUCGCGGAGAGCCAUAUACACCGCGAUACCCUGCGGUGAACAGAACACUGGACGAAGCCACAGGGGUGUUCGACAACCCCAGCGAGUACCGGUGUAUCGGUACGGAAAGAAAGCUUUACAACGAGCAAGACUGGGCGGACAUCGGGAGCCGCUGCACGCCGGGGUAUCACUUGCAGAACGUCUUCGAGACCCAGACCAAUCUGUAUGAACCGACCAAGUACUAUAUUUGCGAAGGAUACCCAGUCCUACCCCCCGAACCCUUCUGUCCACGAGGGUUCAGACCAUCUCUAAACGCUUACAAUCCCGCUAACUUCCUCCAAGAGAAAUCCAUCAGCUGCUCCAGAGCCACUCGCUUCAAAGGCCGCAUGUGGUGUCCAGACACAUUCGUACUCAACGGGGAACCGGCACCCGGGGUCCCAUACGGAGGGGAGGUGGAGCCUACUACCGCAGACGUCAAUUACGACCCCUACGUGUACGACAGCGUCUCUUUCACCCGCGACACUCCGGCCCGAUGCAUCAGGUGGGUGGCGUUGCAUCACGACCAGUGCAGCGAUAAGCAGUGUCACGACCCGGUGAUCAAGGAGGUGGCCAAGUACGUGCGGCAUUUUGCGUACUAUGCGCAGAAGCGCGACCCAGAUUACAUCCGGUACAUGGCUCUUCAAGGUUACAAGGACCGUCGCUGGCAGCCGAAGCAGCAGCAGUACCCUCAAUAG